UAAACAAAAUGUCUAAAGAUGAAAAAGAGUCUAUUAUUCCUGAUGUUAUUUACGAUGAGACUGGGGGCAAAAGUUACCUCAAGGGCCGCUUCUUUGGAAAAGGUGGAUUUGCUAAAUGCUACGAGAUACGUGAAUCUAAAUCACAAAAUGUAUAUGCUGGUAAAAUAGUAUCAAAGUCAAUGAUGACUAAAAGUAAUCAUCGUGAAAAAAUGACACAGGAAAUUCAAAUUCACAAAAGUUUAAAUCACAAAAAUGUUGUUGGUUUUUAUGGUUUUUUUGAUGAUUGUUAUAACGUCUAUAUUAUAUUAGAAUUAUGUCGUAAGAGAUCAAUGAUGGAAUUACACAAACGUAGAAAAGCUCUAACAGAAUGUGAAACUCGUUAUUUUAUGAAACAAAUAUUAGACGGUGUUUAUUAUUUACAUAAAAAUAAAAUAAUUCAUCGUGAUUUAAAAUUAGGUAAUUUAUUUUUAAAUGAUGAAUUACAAGUUAAAAUUGGUGAUUUUGGAUUGGCAACAAAAUUAUCACAUGAUGGUGAGCGUAAGAAAACACUAUGCGGUACUCCAAAUUAUAUAGCACCUGAAAUAUUAACAAAAGCCGGUCACUCAUAUGAAGUUGAUGUCUGGAGUAUCGGCUGUAUCAUGUACACGCUGUUGGUUGGUAAGCCGCCAUUUGAAACCUCAAGUCUUCGUGAAACUUAUGCCCGUAUUAAGACAGUUAAUUACAAAACCCCAUCAAAUAUCAGCAGCACCGCUGUUUCGAUGAUAACGAACACACUGCAGGGCAAUCCAACCAAAAGACCCAGUGUUAUGAAGCUACUCAAGGAUCCAUUUUUCACAUCCGGAUACAUGCCGCGAAGUCUUCCAUUGUCAUGUCUAACAAUGGCGCCACGUCUUGACACUCUCGAGUCACAUAAUCGCAAACCUCUGUCUGAAAUGAAUCGAAACGAAGAGGAUGAAAAAGCAGUAUUUCGCAUACCAACAAGUCCAGCACCACGUGUUGGAACUAAAACACCUGAAUCCCAAACAGAUGCCCAGAAAUCUGGUCGUAAUAUCAAGCGUAUGCUGAUAACAUUGAAGGAACAAGUCACUGCAGUCCUGGCUGCUAAACCAGGUCGUACUGACGCCUCAUUGGCUGUGGAAAAUACUGAUCCUUCAGCUCAACCUCUGGUUUGGGUUAGCAAGUGGGUUGAUUAUUCAGAUAAAUAUGGAUUUGGGUAUCAGUUGUGUGAUGAUGGAGUCGGUGUCAUGUACAAUGAUGGAACAAGACUUAUUAUGUUAGCUAACAAAUUUAAUAUUCAUUACAUCAGUCGUGAUCUCACUGAGACUUAUUAUACUGUAAAAGAUUAUCCGGAAUCGUUGGAAAAAAAAAUGAAAUUAAUGACAUUUUUUUUGCAAUAUAUGAAUGAGCAUCUUAUGAAAGCUGGCGGCUCGGUUGCUGUUAAAAAUGACGCCAUGUCACGUGUACCGUAUAUGCAUCAAUGGUUCCGCACACAAACUGCGGUUGUUAUGCAGUUAAAUAAUGGAACUGUUCAGAUUAAUUUCCUGGAUCACUCAAAAAUAAUAAUGUGUCCAUUGAUGGCUGCUGUUACUUACAUUGAUCAAGAGAAAAAUUUCCGUACGUACCGUUUUGAAACAAUACAAUCAAAUGGAUGUAGCGCUGGACUUGCACGCAAUUUGGAAUAUGCACUCGAAAAGCUUGACCUUAUGAUUGCAAACUCGCGACAAAAUUAAACUUUUUUUUUACCUGAGAAAACAUUUCAUUACAAAAAAAAAAAUUAUAUACAAACCUGGUAAUUUUUUUUUUUGGGUAGGUAUUAAUUAUUGAAUCGUAUUUUUUUUUAACAAUAUUGUUUAAAUUGUAGACAAUUAUUUUGUAAGUUUAAUUCCUUUUUUUUUCUUUUUUUUUUUUCUUUUUUAUCGUAAUUGUCAGUAAAUAAUUUGAGCGCUCCGAUGCUUCGCAUCUGAGGUGAGCGAAAAAAAAUCACAGGAGACAGACAAUUUAUAUAUGAAUAAUUUAUUACUUAUUGAUUUAGUUAUUCAUAUUAUUGAUAAUUAAUUUAUAUAUAUUUUUUUUAAUUACAAUAAGUAAUAACUGACAAACAUGAGAUAAAAAAAAAGAAAACGAGAGAGAUAAAAAAAGAAUUUUAGUUAUUUAUAAAAUGUAUUAUUAAAUAAGCAUUUAAUAAUUAAAAUUAAUUUUUUAAUAUUUUUAUGAAUAAAAAAAAAAAAAAAAAAAAAAAAUAAUAAUUCAAUAGAAAAUUCAAAAAACGAGGCCUUAAUUUCAUAAUAAAA